UCCACCUGCCCGGCCUGCCACAAGGUUCCUCCCAGAGCCGAGGCCCCUGUCAGCAGUGUGAGCAACAGCUUGGAGAACGCACUGCGCACGUCAGCACAUUCCACGGAGGAGUCGCUGCCCAAGAGGACGAUGGGGAAACACUCCAAAGUGAGUGUUGAAAAGAUAGACCUGAAGGGACUGUCACACACAAAAAAUGAAAGAAAUGUUGAAUGUUCCUUUGAGGUCUUGUGGUCUGAUUCUUCGGUAACAUCAGUAACCAAAUCUUCCUCUGAAGUGACUGAAUUUAUUUCAAAGUUACCUCAGCUGUACCCUGAAGAAAACCUGGAGAAAUUCAUUCCGUGCUUAGCUGGCCCAGAUUCCUUUUACGUAGAGCGAAACCACAUGGAUCUGGAAGCGGACCUGAGGUAUUUGACUUCAUUACCUUCUCACGUACUGAAAACUGACCACGUUAAGAAAUUUUUCAGCACUUCAUCUCCCACCCAACAGCUUCAAAGUCCAAGUCCCGGCACCCCUGCCCUUUCUAAAGUGGGCACCGUGAUGGGCACAUCUGGAAGGCCCGUGUGUGGCGUGGCCGGCAUCCCCUCCUCUCAGAGCGGCGCCCCGCACCACAUGCAGCACUCGGCCAGCGCGGCCGCCUUGCCCCACUGCUCCCACGCGGGGGGCGCCGGCUCAGCGCUGGCCUACAGGGCCCAGAUGGACACGCCGCCCGCCAUCCUGAUGCCCUCCGGCCUGCAGACCCCUCAGACCCAGGAGCAGAACGGGAUCUUAGACUGGCUCAGGAAGCUGCGCCUGCACAAGUACUACCCCGUCUUCAAACAGCUCACGAUGGAGAAGUUUCUGAGCCUUACUGAAGAGGAUCUAAAUAAAUUUGAAUCCCUCACCAUGGGAGCAAAGAAAAAACUCAAGACUCAGCUAGAGCUGGAGAAGGAGAAGUCCGAGAAACGGUGCCUGAACCCCGCAGCCCCGCCCCCGGUCACCAGCAGCGGAGUGGCUCGCGUCCCCCCCACCAGCCACGUGGGGCCCGUGCAGGCCGUGCGAGGCGCCCACGCUGCAGCGCUGCGGGUGGAAGUGGAGCAGCCCCCUCACCAGACGGCCCGGGAGGGCAGCUCCUCCGAGUGCUCCAGCUCCUCGCCCAGCCCGAUGGGGGUGCAGGCCCGCGAAGAGAGCUCGGACAGCGCCGAGGAGAACGACAGACGUGUGGAGAUUCACUUGGAGGGCUCGGACAAGGAGAAGCCCGUCAUGCUCCUGAACCACUUCACCUCCAGCUCCGCCAGGCCCACGGCCCAGGUCCUCCCCGUGCAGAACGAGGCGGGCUCCAGUCCAUCGGGCCACCACCCCCUGCCCCCCCAGAUGAUGGCCGCAGCCUCACACCUGGCACCCAUCCGGAUGCUGAAUUCCGUGCACAAGUCGGAGAGGGGGGGCGCGGACAUGAAGCUCCUCCCGCCUUCCGUGCACUCGCUGCUGUCUCUAGAAGAACGGAGUAAGCUCUCGGGACCAAGAGGCAGCAUCAAAGUGGACAAGAACUUUGGCCACGCCGUGAUCGACACGGCGCCCGCGCCCGGCCCCCAGCAGCCCCUGCAGGUCCUCUCCGCGCUUGCCGAGAGCAGCGCCGUGUCACCCACCGUCUCCUUUGGUCCCCGCGCCAAAGUUGUGCACGCGUCCGCCCUGGACAGGGUCCUGAAGCCGGCCCCACAGCCCGCCCCGGGCGGGGAGACCAGCACCGCUGCCGCGGGCACGUCCAGCACCGUCUUCCAUGUGGCUCGGCCCCCCAUCAAACUCCUGGUGUCUUCGUCCGUCCCUGCGGAUUCUGCCAUUUCCGGGCAAACUCCCUGUUCUAAUAACGUGCAAAUAAGCGUGCCCCCUGCAAUAAUAAACGCCCGGACUGCCCUGUACACCGCCAACACCAAAGCUGCCUUCUCUGCAAUGAGCAGUGUGCCCGUGGGGCCCCUGCAGGGCGGCUUCUGUGCGAACAGCAACACUGCCUCCUCCAGCAGCCACCCCGCCACGUCCUUCGCCAGCAUGGCCACCGUGCCCAGCUGCCCGGCCCCCAGCUCCAGCCCCGCACUCUCCUCGGCCCCCGAAAGCAGCUUCUACGGCGGCGGCGGCGGCGGCGGCUCCGGCUCCCCCGGGAAUGUUCCCGCCUCCGCCCAGAGCCACCACCACCACCACCACCAUCAGCAGCAGUCGGCGCCCCAGCAGCCCGCGCCGGCGCCGCCCCCGGGCUGCGUCGUGUGCACAUCGUGCGGGUGCAGCGGCAGCUGCGGC